AUGACAGGAACUCCCAAGAUGACACAAGAUGAGGAGGGCCUGAGGGACUCAAAGGCACGUUUCCAAAGCUACCUCCAUGGUGGGACCUCAAGCUUGUUCUCCACCCUGAUUGUCUUCCCGGUCUAUAAGACUGUUUUCCGCCAACAAAUCCAUAAUAUCCAGGUUCACAGGGCUGUAAAGCAGCUCCACAAAGAAGGUCUUGUGAAGCUCUACCGGGGGGUGACCCCUCCAUUACUGAUGAGGACACUCAGUGGAACACUGCUCUUUGGACUUCAGGAUACCUUCCUCCGCCUGCUAAAUCAGCCAUCCUUUAGUGCCAUUCCCGCCUCCGUUCUUCCUGCCGUGGCUGGUCUCGGUGUAGGAAUGGUCGAGGCGGUGGUCUUUACCCCAUUUGAGCGUGUCCAGAACGUGUUGCAGAGUGGGCACAAUGACCGCCGUUUACCAACGCUUAAAAGUGUUCUUGUUAAAUUGAAGGCUCAAAAGUUUGCUUCCGGCUACUACCGAGCUUUCCUACCAAUUGCGGCCCGUAACGCCUUAGGCAGCUCCCUUUAUUUUGGUUUGAAGGGGCCCUUGAGUGCCGCUGUGGCAGGGCAGGGGCUGUCUCCUUUAGCAUCUUCCUUCCUUUCUGGCACAUUGACUUCCAUGACCAUCAGCCUGACCUUGUACCCUCUGUCUGUGCUCGUAGCUAACAUGCAAGUGGAGGUGCAGAAUGAGGUGAAAGGGGUGAUGGCCUGCUGGAGGAUGCUAUGGAACUCCCGGCAGAGGAGUGUUCUAUUACUGUACCGAGGGGGUGCUCUGGUUAUUCUCAGAUCUUGUAUCACCUGGGGAAUCACCACAGCCAUCUAUGAUAGGCAGCAAAAACGCUCAUCUUGA